AUGAAGCUCUUCGUUUCGUUCACACUCGGUGCACUCGUCAGCUUCGCCACGGCCGCCGACGAUGUGCCCUGCCCCACUGUCACCCAGGAACUGAUCCCCGAAUCGUGCGCAGCGACGUUCCCGACAGCAAGCCUCAUCCAACCAUGCAAAGUCGGAUGCCCCUACAACGGAUGCUCGGUCGAGUACCGCACGAUCAACCUCGGAUGCCAAGACGACGGAUGGGUCCCAGAGCCGAGCCUGACGCUCACGCUGACAUCGACGACCCGACCGUUAACAUCGGCGACUCGACCGCCGUCCUCGUCGGAGAGACCGACGCGGACCCCCGUGCCUUCGACGGUAACGACUCGGACUCGGACGACGGCUGCGAGCGCGAGUGCCAGUAGUAUCACGGAGUGUCCUAAGAUGACCAAGACGGUGCCGGCGUCGGGAUGUCUGGAGCCCGCUUGCCCGACGCCGAAUUGUGUGUUCCAGGAGCCGUUGCCCGUGCCGUGCGGGUGUGGGGAUCCGGAGACGGUGGUGGUGGAGGCGGAGGAGUGUGUUACGGAGUGUCCGAAGGGCUGUGCGACUACUACUGUUAAGGUUACGGAGUUUUGUGCUACGGAGACCGGGACCGGAAUGGGCACGGGGUCGGGAACGAGGACAGGGACAAGAUCGGGGACGAGGAUUGCCAAGGGGACGGAUACCGCGGUUUCGGAGGCGACUGGGGGUGCUUUGGAUGACGGGUGGAUCGACGGCGAUUCUGGGGAGUCGAGGGGUGACUAG